AUGGAUAUAGAUGAUGACGAUGUUCAGAACAACUUGGCUAUCCCUAUCAAGCCAAUAGUUGAAGAGUUAACAUGUCCUAUAUGUUAUAGUUGGAUAAAGGAUUGUUCAAUGACACCUUGUGGUCAUAACUUCUGUGAUAAAUGCGUUAGAGAGUGUAUUAAUAGGAAUCACAAGUGUCCACUGUGUAAUGCACAGGCCACAAUGGACAAACUUAUCAAGAAUCAUCAUCUGGACAAACUGAUCGAGAUCAUCUGUCACGAGAAGGAGGAGGCCUCCAAGCGAUACUUUAACGAUCUAAUCAACAAUGCUGACAUCAAGAACAGUCAGAGACAACAACAAGAGCAGCACAAGGUCAACCCAAUCCAAGAGUUGUUUAGUAAAUACCUACGGACUUCAUUGUUGCAAUAUGAAGAGAUGAAUGUACAGAUGGAGAACAAGCUAAAGGAGAACCUUGAGGGUCUGGAAAGGGAGAAAGUGGAGAUUGCAAAGCGAUAUAGUGGUCAGCCAGUGUUGUUGGAGCAAGCAUCAUUUGAGCUAUCAUUCAAGAGAGAUAAGUUGGUAAAAAGUCAUCAAGAGACUAUCGAGCAAUUAUACACUGCAUAUGAAGAACACUUGAAGCGGACAGCAGUAUCGCCCAAGUUUGUAAACAUACAGGUGAACAUAUUAUUGCAAGAGAAGAGUAUCACAUUUGAGCAUGUAUCACUGAGUCCAUCAGCCACAACACGCGACAUCAAGAACAUUAUAAUAGAGAAACUGGACCAGAAGGGUCCAGAAUACAAGCUUAUCAAGUUCGCCGACAAUACUAGCCUGGUUGUACAGCGACCAUUGGCCAUGGGCGGAGGCUCUAUCGAACUGGACAACGAGGUAAAGCCAUUGUCACUAUAUGACAUUCCACAAAGUUCAAAGAUUGUCUUGUUAGGUGAAGUUAAACUACAAAUGGACAUGCCCAAGCUGUGCUUCAACGCCACCAACUUUAAGGCAGGUGACCAAUGCGACUAUUGGAAAUGCGAGAAUUGUAAUUAUAACUGGAUCUGCAAGACAUGCGCCGAACAUUGUCAUAGAGGACAUAAGUUGGUACCGUUCAUGAUUGCACACAAGCCUACCUUUGCCUGCUGCUACGACACCAAACACAGAGAUAUAUGUAAACUAUUGCCAAAGGUCUAG